UCUGCAUGUGUGCUGUGGUCAGCCAGAACAUACCAUUGCACGUACACCAUGUCAGGCAUGUGUAGACGUAACCUCAAGCGAAAUGCGUGUUCAUUAAUGUGUCUCGAUUGUCGGCUGACGCAUUUAUUGUCCAUGUUGCACGUAACUCAUGCCAGAGUCGAUGUCAGGCGCCGUCACUUGGCGCCGCCGGCAGCGAUCUGCAAAGCCACAGCAACAAUCAAAGCCACACAAGCAGAGAUGAGUGAGCCAUCGACCUGAGUGAGGGCGGCACAGGUGGGCUGCUGUGCUUGUUUGUUGCCGCCGUCGUUAUCGCCGUCGCCGUCAUCGUCGAAGUACUUUGAGCACACAGGCACAGAUGGGCGGACGGAUGGAUGGAUGGAUCGCAGUCUGGCUGUCUUACUUUUGAAUUUCUUGUGUUCCUUGCAUGCCUUCGAAAUGCCCAUCAGCUCCAGGGCGAUUUUCUUCUGUUUCUUCGUCAUCGACUGGUCUCCGCAUUCGCCAGCGAAGAUCAUAUUCGCGAACUGCAGCAUUUGGCCGACCCAUUGGACCUCGCCAUGAGGGUCAUUCGGGAAAAGGUCUUGAGAGGAGGGAAGCUGUCCGCCAGGGAGCAUAGACGCAGUCCCGUGCAGGACUUGGUGCGAAUCCUUGAGAAUGGCUGUCAGACACACACACACACACACAGGGGAGAGAGGUGUCCGUCGUUUAUGUGUUACCUCGGAUGUCUUCUUCCGUGAUUGAGGCGGGGUCCUUGGGUUCAGCGGGACACUGAUCCUGCUUCAUUGCUGAAACCCUGACAGACACAGACACCGACACAGAUGAGAGUGAAAGAGACUGUGUCGGUGUGGACAGUUGCUCAUCUAGACACCUUUUGACGAGUAGCGUUGAGGCGAUGAUGAUAUUUAUCGGUGACGGCAUCGUGACAGCACCGAUGAAUGACGCCAAAUGAGCUGACACACACACACACACACACACUUAUGUACAUACACACAUUCGCUGACGCCUCUCGUCUCUCUCUCCCUCUCUGUGUGAUGUGUGUGUGGAUGACCUGCUUGCUUGCUCACCCGCGUACAAGUACGACUUGGCGAACCACAGCGAUCGGCAGUCGUCGCUGACUGGCGUGUGAGCGGUGGGGCAGGGGACGUUCGUGUGAGUGGCAGCGUAGCCCAGACAUCGCUCCUCGUGCAGGCCCACCUCUGACGCGUGCUGCUCGACACACACACACACACACAACACCAAUGAGCGAGUGGAUGCGACUGAGCAAAGGGGACUGACUGACCUUGCCGACGAGGAAUGGGUAUCCCCCGUCGCAGCCUUGGUUGUAUGGCGAACAGCUCAGCACCGCCUGGGCAGAGAGUACAGGAGUCACGUCACGCACACCACGGCGGCUCAGCUCGAUACGGAAGCGGCUCUGUAGGGCGUAUGCGGAUGCGAUGGCGUAACAGCUGCCGCAGUCUUGUUGGUUGAUGACAUCGUCCCCUGAAACUCCCAGCUCGCCCUCGCAGCUGAAACUCGCCGGCAGCUCGUGCUGGCCGCCUCGCGUCUCUGUCGUGGGUGGUGUCGAGGUGGCGGCCGACGGGCAGGGGAAGUUGCUGGCAAAGAGCGCACGCGACUGCAGGAACGACACCCCACCGCUUCGCCGCAGCACGGAGCCAAUGGUGGGUCGGCGGCCGGGUUCGAGAAUGAAUGAAUUAGGGGGAGGGAUGACGUCGUCACUGGGCGGGUGGUGGUGGUACCUCACAAACAUGGGCCGGCGGGAGGCACACACGCCGGUGCCGAGUGCUGUCGUUGUUGUUGUGGGCGUGUUGGCGUCGCCCUCACUGUCUGGUUGUGUGCUGUCGGCUGAGGGGGCGAUGUGGCGCACAUAGUUUGUGGUGCGAGGCGGGCGGAGAGUGCGGUUGCUGAGCUUGGACCCAACGAAGCAGCCAUACUCAGACGCGUCACUGUGCCAGCCGAUCUGUGCGACAACACAAGAACACAACACACACACACACACACCACAAGUCGUGUUUGUGUAUGUGUGUGGGUGGGUGUUUGUGUGUGUGUGUGUUUGUGUGUGGGUGUCUUAGUGUUGCAUGUGUGACCUGUGUCUUGUGACAGUGCGAGACGUAGCACUGAGUUCUGCCGUGAUUGUCCUCACCUGUGAGAUGGAAACACACACAUGGGAGAUGCAGUGUGUGUCAACGGCCGGCUGGUUGGCUGGUUGAGUACCUAGUCCGUUGUGCGGCGGAGGGCAGUUGGCUUCAGACGUGGGUGCAUAGUGGCUGAACGCGAACAGCACUCGGCCAUUGUCGAGACACACCUCAAAGCCCUGAUAAACAACAUCCACGGAGACAUGAGAUGGAUGACCAUCCAUCCAUCCAUCCGUCCAUUCAUUCAUUCAUUCAUUGGGCUGACCUCGUCGUCGACCAUUGUCCAUCUGCCGAUGUCACCGCUCGUCCUGUCGCCGUCCCUCACCACCAGCCGCUUCCAGUCCUCACGGCCGCUCGUUCCGUCAGCCGCCUCGUCUGUUGUCAGCUGUACAGUGAUGCACUCACCCACGCCGCCACGGUUAGCCUCGAGCCACGACGAGUAAUUCUGCACACACACACACACACACACAGAGGAGAGAAUAGGCAAGCAAGUGCAUGUCUCUGGUCCUCUCAUUCAUAUGUUGACUCACCGACAGCCGCAGAUUGCCCAGAUUGGUGUUGGGAGUCUGCACACACAACGCAUGCGGCACUGUGUCUCUCUCAUUGGCGCAUCCUCUCAGACUGACAGUCAUUCACUCACGUCGCUCCCACAGCGAGGCAGGUGGACGUCUCUGUCUCUGUCAAGGCAGAACCGCCAGAGACCAGCAACGUCGCUGGUCAGGCAGUGGACAGGCAAGUCAGAUCUGACGUUGCGAAUCAGAGCCAAGAGGACGAUGAGAGCCAACAGGAGGCCCUUCAUGGUCAU